CCGGCGCGGCCUAGUGCGGCUCUGAGGCGCUCCGCGGACCCCGGACCUCGCCGCCGCCGCCGCCAUGGAGAUGCCGCUGCCGCCCCCGCCGCCGCCCGAGGACCAGGAGUUGCGCAAUGUCAUUGACAAGUUGGCCCAGUUCGUGGCGCGGAAUGGUCCCGAGUUCGAGAAGAUGACCAUGGAGAAGCAGAAGGAGAACCCAAAGUUCUCCUUCCUCUUUGGGGGCGAUUUCUACGGCUACUACAAGUACAAGCUGGCCCUGGAGCAGCAGCAGCUGUUGUGCAAGCAGAGCCAAGACCUCGAAGCGGGGGCCCCGAUGCAGCCGCUGCCCCAGCCCUCCUUGGCAGCGGCAGCCGCCGCUGCCGCCGCCCCAGCUGCCGUCCCCGGCCCCGCUCCCCAGGGGACGCCCUCCAUGGAGGAGCUGAUCCAGCAGAGCCAGUGGAACCUCCAGCAGCAGGAGCAGCAUCUCUUGGCGCUGAGACAGGAGCAAAUCACCUCUGCCAUCGCUCUGGCGAUUGAGCAGCAAAUGCAGAAGGUCCUGGAGGAAACCCAGCUGGACAUGAACGAGUUCGACAACUUGCUGCAGCCGAUCAUUGACACCUGCACCAAGGAUGCCAUCUCGGCCGGCAAGAACUGGAUGUUCAGCAACGCCAAGUCCCCCCAGCACUGCGAGCUGAUGGCCGGACACCUGCGCAACCGCAUCACGGCCGAGGGGGCGCAUUUCGAGCUGCGGCUGCACCUGAUCUACCUGAUCAACGAUGUGCUCCACCACUGCCAGCGGAAGCAGCAGCGUGACCUCCUGGCCGCCCUGCAGAAGGUGGUGGUGCCCAUCUACUGCACCAGCUUCCUGGCCGUGGAGGAAGACAAGCAGCAGAAGAUCGCCCGGCUCCUCCAGCUGUGGGAGAAAAAUGGCUACUUUGAUGAGUCCAUCAUCCAGCAGCUGCAGAGCCCGGCCCUGGGACUUGGCCAGUACCAGGCCACCCUGAUCAUGGAGUACGCGAGCGUGGUGCAGCCAGUCCAGGUGGCCUUCCAGCAGCAGAUCCAGACCCUGAAGACGCAGCACGAGGACUUUGUCAGCAGCCUCACCCAGCAGCAGCAGCAGCAGCAGCAGCAGCAGCAGCAGCAGAUCCAAAUCCCCGCUCUGGAGAGUGAGGGGAAAGCCCCGGCCCCGGCCCCGGCCCCUCCGCCGGCCACUGCCGCUGCCGUCGUGCAAGCAGAUGAGGGCAAAGCUCCGCUGCCCCUGGCCGGCAGCUCCACGGAAUACGAGGCCACGGCCGCCGGCCCCCCGGAUGCAGCCGCCCCGCCGCCCCCCCCGCCGGGGCCUCGGGGGCCGGGCCCGCACGAGCACCUUCCUCCCAACAAGCCGCCCUGGUUCGACCAGCCCCACCCCGUGGCCCCGUGGGGCCAGCAGCAGCCGCCGCCACCGCCGGAGCAGCCCCCAUUCCCGCCCCACCAGCAGGGGCCGCCCCACUGCCCCCCCUGGAACAGCAACCACGAGGGCAUGUGGAACGAGCAGCGGGAGGCCGGCUGGAGCGGGCAGCGCGACGCCCCCUGGAGCGGCCAGCCGGAGCCCGCCUGGAGCGGCCAGUUCGAGCAGCCCCCCUGGAGCAGCCAGCAUGAGCAGCCCCCCUGGGGGGGGCGGGGGGCGGCGGGGGCGGGGGCGGGGGGGGGCGGCGGGGGCCAGCGGGAGCCCCCCUUCCGCCUGCAGCGCCCCCCCCACUUCCGGGGGCCCUUCCCCCCGCACCAGCAGCACCCGCCCUUCACCCAGCCGCCGCACCCCCACAACUUCAGCCGCUUCCCGCCGCGCUUCAUGCAGGACGACUUCCCCCCCCGGCACCCCUUCGAGCGGCCCCCGUACCCGCACCGCUUCGACUACCCCCAGGGGGACUUCCCUCAGGAGAUUGGCCCUCCACACCACCACCCCGGGCACCGCAUGCCGCACCCCGGAAUCAGCGAGCACCCCCCGUGGGGCGGGCCCCAGCACCCCGACUUUGGGCCGCCCCCCCACGGCUUCAACGGGCAGCCGCCUCACAUGCGCCGGCAGGGCCCCCCCCACGUCAACCACGAUGACCCGAGCCUGGUGCCCAACGUGCCGUACUUCGACCUCCCCGCGGGACUUAUGGCUCCCCUCGUCAAACUGGAAGAUCACGAGUACAAGCCCCUGGACCCCAAAGACAUCCGCCUGCCUCCCCCGAUGCCCCCCAGCGAGAGGCUGCUGGCCGCGGUGGAAGCCUUCUACAGCCCUCCUUCCCACGACAGGCCCAGGAACAGCGAGGGCUGGGAGCAGAACGGGCUGUACGAAUUCUUCCGUGCAAAGAUGCGAGCCCGGCGGCGCAAAGGGCAGGAGAAAAGGAACAGCGGCCCCUCGCAGUCCCGCAGCAGGUCCAAAAGCCGCGGCCGGUCUUCUUCCCGCUCCAACUCGAGGUCUUCGAAAUCCUCCGGCUCUUACUCCCGGUCCCGGUCCCGAUCCUGCUCUCGGUCACGCUCCUACUCUCGAUCACAGUCCAGGAGCCGGAGCCGCUCCCGCUCUUCCCGAAGCCGGUCCCGCUCCCGCUCCCGGUCCAAGUCCUACUCCCCUGGAAGGCGGCGCCGGUCCCGAUCCCGCAGCCAAACGCCUCCUUCUGCGGCCGGAUUGGGCUCCAGCUCAGGGCCUCCGAUACCAGACCCGAGACUGGGAGAGGAGAAUAAAGGGCACCAGAUGCUGGUGAAGAUGGGCUGGAGUGGGUCCGGGGGCCUGGGGGCCAAGGAGCAAGGCAUCCAGGACCCCAUUAAAGGAGGGGACAUCCGAGACAAGUGGGACCAGUACAAGGGCGUGGGGGUCGCCCUGGACGACCCCUACGAGAACUACCGGAGGAACAAGAGCUACUCUUUCAUCGCUCGCAUGAAGGCCCGGGACGAGAGUUAAUCCUGCUCGACGCGGAGGGAGCCCGCCCGCCGGGUGGCUGCUGAGGACUGGGCAGGUGAAUCCUGGCUGUCCCGUGCCGCGUCCAGAACCCGCCCCCCAGGCCCUCACCGCCCCACCCGAGGACGUUCAGUGCUUCACCAGGAGAGGAAGCCUUGAGGCCUCUUGUAUUUUUGUAUAUACCCUCGGAAGCAAAGCGUUAACGGGAGCGCGCUGCAGACCGACUCUCGCGUAGCACCACUCGCCCCACGCCAGUUUCAAAACUCAAAGCCUCCCUAGAAAGUACCACCCCCGCCCCGUCGCAAAGCAGGAGGGGUGGCUGGAGGCUGGGAGGGGCGGAGUCCUGCCCCGAGUCCCCCAGGGCCCCCCUGCCCCUCCCCAAGCAGCUGCCCCCGUCGACAGGGUGAGGGAGCCACCGCCGUAGAGGGAUUUACUGUAGCUGUGAAACUGUUGCCCGUCUGCCCUCCGCCGUCUUGUACUGACCGUUGCCUUCCAAUAAACAAGGCUCUUUUUUUUCUA